AUGUCGGGUAUCUGUAGAACACGUCUCGCUGAAGAGCGCAAGCAGUGGAGGAAGGAUCAUCCAUUUGGUUUUUAUGCUAAGCCUGCCAAAGCACCCGAUGGGUCAAUGAACCUGAUGGAAUGGGAAGUCGGUAUCCCGGGGAAAUCGAAGACUGCUUGGGAAGGAGGUUUGUUCAAGCUGGUAAUGAACUUCCCGGAAGAUUAUCCGUCAAAGCCACCCAAAUGUAAAUUCACUCCACCCCUUUUCCACCCUAAUGUAUAUCCCUCUGGAACUGUUUGUCUUUCAAUUCUGGACGAGGAGAAGUCCUGGAAGCCUGCAAUUACCAUCAAGCAGAUUCUUCUCGGUAUUCAGGACCUUCUCGAUAACCCCAAUGUGAAUGACCCUGCACAAAGUGAUGCCUAUACCAUGUUCAAGAACGAUAAGCAAGCAUAUGAGAGGAGAAUUAAACAGCAAGCCAGAGAGAAUAUACCUAAGUGA